AUGCGAGAGCUCAAGAAACUGAAAACAAACUGGACUGUUAUGGAUAUGGAUUUUCAAAAACCUAUAAGGUUUGCUACCGAUUUGAAAUUCAUACUACAGUGGAGUAAUGAGCCAACUUAUCGAUUUUCUAGUUUCAGUAAAGGACAACGAUCGUUUACUACAAACAACUGUACUUAUAUUAAUUGUUAUUUAACAACUGAUAAGCGUCUUCUACUCGAUCUAAGACACUACGACGCGAUUCUGUUUGAUAUUGAAAAUGAUUGGGACCAAUAUCCUCUACUGAGAGCUGAAUAUCAAAAUUACAUUUUUUCAACGUCAGAAUCUGCAGUAACUUUUCCCUUGUGUAGUGAGAAAUAUGAUAAUUAUUAUAAUUUGACUUGGACAUAUAGACUGGACUCGGAUAUAAUUAGGUCUAGAUUUAGGAUUACGGACCUAAGAGGAAACUUAAUUGGACCAAAACUUAAUAUGCAUUGGAUUUCCCAAAUGCUUCCAACAUCCAAUGAAGUGAAAAGUAAAUUAAAAGGGAAAAAAAUUGCCGCAGCGUGGUUUAUAAAGAACUGUAACACUGUCGAUAAUUUGCAUACUUUAGUGUCUAAUAUCAAUUCUUCUCUUUCGAAAGCUAAUCUUACACUCGAUACUUAUGGGUGGUGUGGAAAAUUCACAUGUCAUAGAAAUCGUAUAGAAGAAUGUCUUUUGGUGUUGAGAAAAUAUUAUUAUUUUUAUUUUUUGUUCGAAGAUAGUCUGGGUGAAGAUUAUGUGUCAGAACAUUUACUAUAUCCACUAUUAAACUAUGCUGUUCCUGUUGUUUUUGGAGGUGCUAAUUAUUCAAGG